CAUCACCAUCACCAUCACAUUUUGAGCACUCAACAAACGUCAAAGAGUGGGAAGAGAAGUUUAUCUAUCCAAAUUUGUUUUCUGUCCCAAUAAAAUACACACAAAUCAGGAUCAAAAUUUGUGCUCUUGCUUUGCUUGUCUCUCAUUACUCUGGAAGACAUUCGGCUAUGGCUGCAGCCAUAGAUCUCCACGAGGCAAUUAGCCAUAUUCUGCGGGAGGUACAACACGUAAUGACUGUGGGCUCUCCAAUACACCAGGGAUCACAUAGUGCUGCCCAUACGGAAUUGGGUGAUUAUUCUGCAUCAGUCCUUUGUCAUCAACCAUCGGGAAGUGGAGCCUGGAGUUCUGGAUAUGGGUCUGGAUCCUUUGGUGCUACCCAUGCGAGGCGUCGUCACCAUUAUGAACGAUUCCUACUCACAACUGGACGGGCAGUCGCUUAGCAUCAAUCAUCGGGAAGUGGAGGAACUAAUCGAAAUGGAUUCCCUUCUGCUGUCCAUGCAAAGCGUUGGGAAUAUAAUGGAAGACUCCCCUACGGAACUGCACAUGCAGCAGGAGACAGUUAUCGAUCUGAAUGUGGCCAUACGAGUUACUCAGCGCAUUUAUCGGCUGGCCAGAUCCGCAUAUGAUAUUAUGUCGGUGCUUACCGGAUAA